AUGCAACCACAUGAUGAAGGAAACGAAAAGAUGCAACUCUGGAGAAAUACUUUUGUGUCAAGUAGGGUGAAAAGGGAGUACCCUUUCCAAGACCUUGAAGAGAUUCAUUUGUCCACUCCACCACUGCAACACAACAAUGAAUCACCACCAACAACAGAACAAAAGGCAAACCACAAUAAUUAA